AUAUAAGCCGUCUCCGCCACCCACAGAGCCACGCGUCGGACGGAACGCACAGGGAUAGAGGAGGCCAGGCGAGGCGAUCUCUGCGGGUUUGCUCGCUCCAUCGGUAGCCCUAGGCCGCCGCCGGGCGCCCGCGCGGUGCUCACGCGCCCCACCCCGCUCCGCUCAGGUGAAGGCUGGUCCUUUAAGCACUUAAAGAUGGGCGAGGUACACGAAGCUGACAAGAAUAUUGAGAUCUGGAGGGUCAAGAAGUUAAUCAAGGCGCUUGAUGCUGCAAGGGGCAAUGGCACUAGCAUGAUUUCUCUCAUCAUGCCACCUCGUGAUCAGAUUUCACGCGUCACUAAGAUGCUGGGUGAUGAGUAUGGAACUGCCUCAAACAUCAAGAGCAGAGUCAACAGACAGUCUGUGUUGGCUGCCAUAACCUCGGCUCAACAGAGGUUGAAGCUUUACAGUCGAGUUCCCCCCAAUGGCUUGGUGCUCUAUACUGGUACCAUUGUCACCGAUGAUGGCAAAGAGAAGAAGGUUACCUUUGACUUUGAGCCAUUUAGACCCAUUAAUGCUUCCCUGUAUCUCUGUGACAACAAGUUUCACACUGAGGCACUGAAUGAGCUUCUGGCAUCUGAUGACAAAUUUGGUUUCAUAAUCAUGGAUGGCAAUGGAACACUGUAUGGCACGCUGAGCGGAAACAGCAGGGAGGUUCUGUACAAGUUCAGUGUUGAUCUCCCAAAGAAGCAUGGGCGAGGAGGGCAAUCUGCAGUCCGCUUUGCCCGCUUGCGCAUGGAGAGGCGACACAAUUACCUGCGCAAGGUUGCUGAGCUUGCGACACAAUACUUCAUCAAUCCUGCCACCAACCAGCCAAACAUCGUUGGGCUUAUUCUUGCCGGUUCUGCUGACUUCAAGAAUGAACUUGGUAAAUCUGAGAUGUUUGAUCCGCGUCUUCAGGCCAAAGUAGUCAAGAUGAUUGACGUGUCUUAUGGUGGGGACAGCGGCUUCAACCAAGCCAUCGAGAUGUCCGCUGAGGUUCUUUCUGAUGUUAAGUUUGUCCAAGAAAAGAAGCUUAUCGGGAAGUACUUUGAGGAGAUAAGCCAAGACACAGGGAAGUAUGUCCUUGGCGUCGAGGACACCAUGACAGCCCUGGAAAUGGGCGCUGUAGAAAUCCUGAUUGUGUGGGAAAACCUUGAUGUCAGGCGUUAUGAGCUCAAGAACAGUGUCACAGGAGAAACAGUUGUGAAGUACCUGAACCCCACUCAGGAGGCUGAUCAGAGCAACUUUACUGACGCGGCGACAUCCGGAGAUCUGGAGGUCAUUGACAACACACAGCUGCUGGAGUGGUUUGCUGAGAACUACCACCAGUUUGGCUGCUCGCUUGAGUUUGUCACCAACAAGUCCCAGGAAGGUUCUCAGUUCUGCCGGGGAUUUGGCGGGAUCGGUGGGAUCCUCCGCUACCCAGCCGAUGUCAGUGCCUACCAGGAUGGUGACUUGUCUGAUGGGGAGUAUGAUGAAGACUUCGAAUAGCAAUCAGCCGAAACUCAAAUGAAUCCGGUCCGGGAGGAGCCUGUGCUGGCCCGGGCCGCGCCGGGACAGAACCCUGAAACUUCCAAACGAUCGGUGCAAGGAAACCAUGGUGGGGGAUCUGCAGGGAAGGAGGUUUGAGCAACAUGGAAUAUAUAUAUGAUGAAGCUUGUGUGAAGUGUGGUGACGUUGGUUCUUUGGAGACGGUGUCUUGCUCUGUUGGUCCGAGCUUGCAGUCUGGUGAUGCUACAAGGAAUCAACCAUGGAGGGUGCCUUCUGUUGGUCAGGAGAGCUUAAGUAAUAUAAUCAACUAGCAUCCUAUUAAUAUUGAGUCGGUGCCAGAGUAGUGUGGUGAAUAAAGUGCCUGUGAGACAGGCGGUCGUGUUGGCCUAGUCGUUAAGGUUGGUUUGAGCGGCUGCGUUGCCGAUGCAGCUGUCUUUUUUUAUUUGUUGAUGAAUUUCUUGAACUGAGGUCGUGGUGUGCUUGCACUCUAUAGUCCUGGUGUUCUACAUUCCCAGUCUGCGUUGCAUGUUCGCUUUA